AUGAGUGUUAAAGUUUCUGACUCUGAAAGACUUGCAAAGAAAUACAUAGAAACAAGAAAUUAUCUCGUUCAUCAACAAGCUGUUUUAAUAGGUUUAUUAAAUAGAUAUUAUGAUAUUAAUUUAAAAAGAUCAAGAAAGGUUUCUGGAAAAGCAGAAGGAUUAAUAAGAAUUCUUUCAAUAGAAGAACAUGGUGAUAUUAUUGAUACAAGAGAACUUGUUGAAAAUUUUUGCAGAAGAAAGAUGGAAGCAGAUAUAAUGAAUGGGAUAAGUUAUAAAACUGCUUAUAGAAGAUUCACAAAUAACAAAGUCUCUGAAGUACAUCACUUCUUAAUGGAUACACUCCAAUUACAAGGGUAUGAAUAUGAAAGUUUUUAUUCUUCAGGGAAGAAUAAUAGUAAUCGAACUGAAACAUUCACAAAAAUAUUUUGUGAAAAUGAACUUUUAUUUGAUAAAGAUCAAAUUGAGGCAUGUGGUAUUGAAAUUAACUUAUGGCUCAAUAAUCAAUUAAAAUAUUAUAAUUCCAUUAAGUUACAAAGGGGAGAUAAAUGUUUACAAUGUAUUCUUUCAUUAUUUUAA